GUCUGAACUGCUUGAUCACCUCUAACAAAAUCACAAAUCCUGCAUGAUCUACGUAAGAAGUGACGCAUUGUUUUUUGUGUGUGUGUGUUUUUUUCAAGUUAAAUAAGUGAUUUACUUAUUCAUUGUACGUUUCAUCAUUUGGUGUAAUGGAAAAUUUUCAAAGAGAUGGACGAGAACCACAUGCACAUCAUGAUGUUUUGGAGCUUAAUCUACACAGUAGUGAAGAGGAAUACAUCGGCUCCAGCGAAGACGACGAGGACUUCAUAAUACCAGCAAAAUAUGUAAGAAUAACAACUGUUGCUGAAAUACUUGCCCAUAGAAUCCAGCUUCCAAUAUCCAGCAGCUCAGAGGAAGUCAAACUUGAUCCUCGUCUUGUGUCAGAACAUUUGUAUAUGGGUUCAGACAUGGAAUUCAUAGCACAGCCUGCUGCCUCAUUAGAGGAAGGAAGAGUAUAUGAACUACUUGCCCUGGUUCAGUCAGGAAUAGUCACAUUUCCUGAACAUAUUCUUCCACUUGUGCUCUUUUCACCUUCUCUUAUAUCAGCUUUGAGAUCUGUCUUCAAUGACUUGAAAGUCAUUGCCUUGAUUCCUGCAAAACCAAACUCUUCCACAGCUGAUCCCUCACUUGCUCAGUAUGGUACCACUGCUGAGGUUUAUGAAUACAGUGGAUCAGAGCCUGGCUUGCGCUUAAAAACCAGAGUUAAGCAACGUUUCAAAGUUAUAGCCACAUGGAUUGAUGAAUAUGAGAAUCUAAUGGCAAGAGUGAAAAUUCUUCCAGAAAAAUCUUUGAGCCCAAUGCAACCAUGGCUUUCAUCAAAGCUCAUUCACCAAAGAACAUCCCUAAUAGAAAGAGCAGUCCUAGAAAAUUCUUGGACGAGUUACCGCAAUUCCCUUGACACAAAAGUUUCUCCGCUGGCUGGUUGGGUACUACAGCAAUUUGACUGUCAUUCUUUGGCCGCGCGAGUUCGUUUACAGAUCAAGAAAUUAAUGGCCAUCGACGAUUCUAGUAUGGAACUCGUGCCUACGGAACCUCAUUCUCUAUCCUUUUGGGCAGCUAACAAUCUACUUAUGGAUGACGAAGGUCGCUUGAAGCUCCUUGAAGAAGAUAAUAUUAUAUAUCGCUUGAGAACUGUGCUGGAAUUGAUAAGCAAGCGUCACGUCUUUUCCUGUUGCGUCUGCUCGGUGCCUAUUGCUGAUCACACGGACGUCAUCCUGAUAUGCAGCCAGGGAACUAGUCUAUUCUUCAAUAAUCCGAGAACGGCCCAGGUUCGCAAGGUCAUGACUUUCAGACAAGUUCAAAACAUUCGCGUCGUCUCCCGUCCAUCGGUCGAGUUUUCGUGGUUUCCUGGAUACGCUUGGUCACCUGGCGAAUGUUCAUCGUGCCGAAACCAUUUGGGCUGGUAUAUAACCUCCGCCGCAACUAAACAAAUGAAACCCAGGAACUUUUGGGUCCUGUGCAGCGAAUCUCUACAGACGGAGACCAUAUCUAAGUCUUCUGACGUUAACGUCAAACUGUUCUAAUUUCUUUGAGUUCCUAUCCACAUCUGUGGUUGUACAAACACGCGUGUAAAUGUGGAUUUACUUGUUCCGUCACGAAAUGUAAAAAACGGACUGUAUGGUGUGCUGGUUGUACAAAUUGUGUGUGUAAGACCGAUUUGAUAACAGGAUACAUUUUUAAAGCUUU